CUGACAGCUCUAUGAACGCGCUGUGGAAGUUUGGCUGAGGAGCUGCGCGCAGCAUGGGCACCGGGGAUUACAUCUGCGUAACGCUGCGCGGUGGUGCACCCUGGGGAUUCACCCUGCAAGAGGGAGAAGGGGACACCUACAGACCUUUUCUAGUUUCCCAGGUGGCGGAGGGUGGUCGUGCCUCCCUGGCUGGAGUAUGCGACGGAGAUGAGGUGGUGUCAAUCAACGGCGAGCCGUGUGCUGACCUCAGCCUUCUACGAGCGUUUGCACUAAUCGAUACGUCGAUCGACUGUCUGCAGCUGCUUGUCAAACGAUACAACUCCAUCCCUGCUGAAGACUAUGAAUCAGAUGAAAUGCACUGUGGUGAGAGGGCCUCUACUGGUGAGACUUUAGAGAGCACCACCCUCCACAUCUUCUCACCAAAGGACAGAUCCCAAAUCCCAGAUCCUACAUCCCAGGAUGAGGCCUUCAGUAGGGAGUUUAAUGGCAGCACUGAGUUUUCCAAGGGAGGCCAGCUGCUUUGCACUCAGCUACAUGCUCCCUCAUCUAAGGAAAAUGAUGAUAAAGUACAGCGGUGCUUCUCACCUGGGGACAUGGUGGAGCUCCAGGUGUCCCUGUCUGAGCAAACCUUGGAUGACGUGGGUUGUGCCUCCCUUGGAAGUGCUCGUGGGUUUGAAGGAGACCUCUCAAACAGAGAGACUAUCGUGGAGACUAUCCACGUCACCAAUGCUACCGCCACAUCGCACUCUGCCAGAGAGCCGCUCAGCCAUCACGGAGUGGUUCUAAGCUCCCCUUUGAUGCUGGGGCAGGUGGAGGUCAUUUUGCAGCAACCAGCAGCAUCAGGAGCAGGGAGGGGCCUCCAGAGUGGGGGUGGCACUCGGGUCAGGGAAACAGUUGGUUCCCAAAGUGAAGAAGAAGAAGAAGAAGAAGGAAGAGGAGGAGGAGGGCACUGCGAGGGUGUCCCUGGUUCUUUUACUGUCACAUAUGAAAUUCCCUCAGAAGAGGCAGCGCCUGCAGAUGAGCAGGACUCUGAUUCUGAGGGGGAUCAAGACAAACCCAACAAGCAUCGGGCAAGGCAUGCCAGGCUCAGGCGCAACGAGAGCCUAUCUGAGAAACAGCUAAAGGAGGCCAAGUCCAAAUGUAAACGUAUUGCUCUCCUCCUUACGGCUGCUCCAACCAACCCCAAUAACAAGGGGCUGUUAAUGUUCAAGAAGCAUCGUCAGAGAGCUAAGAAAUUCACACUUGUGAGCUACGGCACAGGUGAAGACGAACCAGAGUACAGCGACGAGGAGGACGACGAAAACUGGGACAACAGACAAGAGACCUCUGCUACUGAAUUUACCCUUGUGACCCCAAACGAGUCUGAAAUAGUCAAGCCUUUUCUCACUAAUACCCACAGUAGCAAAGGUGUGCUAACUUUUACUUUGGACAAAGGUCUCCUUGAAAUUGAAAGGAAUUUGAAGAACCAAGCAGAGAUGGAAUGUUUGCCUGAAACCAAAGGCAAGGGUGCGCUGAUGUUUGCCCAGCGCCGUCAGAGGAUGGAUGAGAUUUCUGCUGAACAUGAGGAGCUUAGGCGCCAAGGGAUGCCCGUGGAAGCAGUGCAGGAGGCUGGAAAGAAAAUAGCGGAGCAUUCCUACAUGCAGUCCACAACAGAGGGCCAUACUUACAUGGAUGUAAACAUGCACCAGCAAACUCAACAACAGUACCAGCAGUUUCAAGAACAACAGUACUAUGAGCAACAACGACAGAACUACCAGCAGCAGCAACAAUAUCAGCAGCAAUAUCAACAGCAGCAGUAUGAACAAAGUCAUUAUCAGCAACAGCAAAUGUAUCAACAACAGCAGGAAUAUCAUCAGGCACAGCAGAACUUGCAGCACUAUUCAGCAAAUACCAAUGGCACAGUCCAAUAUCAAACAAAUGAAAUGCAGAGUUCUUUCAGUAAUCGUACUGCAAAGCCUUUCUCAGUAGACAACAUGGCUGCCACCCCUUAUUCUCAUGCGAUGAGUGGGACCAAUCAAGAUUCUGUGGGUCAAGGAGAGCAGAUUGCUUCCCGUGAUGAACGCAUUUCAACUCCUGCAAUUAGGACGGGCCUUUUGUUGGAUUCAAAGAGAAAGAAUGCUGGAAAGCCUAUGUUCACAUUUAAGGAAGCCCCAAAAGUAUCCCCAAACCCAGCAUUACUGAACCUCCUCAACAAAGGUGAUAAGAAGUUGGGUUUUGAGUCAGGACCUGAGGAGGACUAUCUUAGCCUUGGGGCUGAGGCUUGUAAUUUCCUCCAGGCUCAGCGAGUUAAACACAAAAUUCCUCCACCAGUUGCCCCAAAGCCUGUGAUCAACCCCAACUCACCUCCUUGGUCCUCACAGAUAGAAGUGACCAACCAGGACAUGCCUCAGUGUGCUGAAAAUAGUCUAUCCACACCUGCUGUAGCCCCCACCGCAGAGACUACCCCUGCUCCAGAACUAGAGCCAACCUCUGCACCUGCCCCUGAGUCUUCUCCCCCUGCAGCACCCCAGGAGAAUCCUGCCAGCACUAGCAAAGAGGAGCAGCACACGUGGCCUCUUCCGGAAUCUGAAUCUCAACAACAGCCUAUGCAAGUUCCAGCUCAGGAGGCAAAUGGACAUAUGAAUACUAUGCUGCAGCCUGAGUCAUCUCCUGCAACUACCUGGGGUGCAACACAAACACAAGUGCAACAACAGUUAUCUUCCAGUUCUUGGCAUUCAGCUCAAGUGCAGCCUCCAGAACCACCCCUGAGCCAGUCUCCACCCCAACCACCUUGGGUAACACGUCAGCCUACUCAGAACCAGGCACAGCAACCACCUACAAAUACUUGGAACCCUCAAAUUCAGCAAUCCUGGAUUCAGCCUCCAGAGCAAGCGCAAGCCCAGGCACAUGUUCAGCCAUCCUGGGCCGAGUCAAGAGAGCAACCUCAGUCUCAGCCACAGGUUCAGCCAUCCUGGGCACACUCUACUGAGCAGCCACAUCUACAGCAAAUACAGCCAAACUGGGGUCAAGCCCAAGAACAAAUGCAGCCACAACUUCAGAACCAAUGGACACAACCAUCACAAACUGACUCUCAACAUCAACCACCAUGGAUGCAACAACCCCAUAAAAAAGCACAACCUCCUUGGGUUCAAGCGGUACAACCAGAAUCCCAGCCACAACCGUCAUGGGUUCAGCAACCACAGCAUCAAGCUCCUCCACAAUCAUGGCCACAGGCUCAAGCGCAAGGUCAACCUCAACCACCUUGGGUAUCAGCUCAGCCUCAGCAGCAACAGCUACCUUCAAUGGAUGCAUGGGCCCCAUCACAACCUCAACCCCAAGCUCAGCCACCCUGGAUGAAAGUAGCUCAACCACAACAUCAAACACAGCCUCAAGCUAAUUUAAAUCCAUGGGCGCCAGUACCUGCCCCAGCUCAGCCUACUUGGACUCAACAGCCCCCAGAGCAUGGUCAACACCAUAUAAGUUCUUGGCCUCAAGAGCAAGAUCAGGCCCAACAUCAGCCUCCAUGGGCUCAACCUGUUCCAGCCCAACCAACACCACAGCCAAAGUGGCAACAGCCCAUAUCAAAGAGUCCACCACCACCACCACCAAUGAAUGCCUGGCAACCAGCUCAUUCACAGCCUCAGACACUCGUGAAUGCCUGGAUACCACAGUCAGAGCAAAAAACAGUGAAUAUUUCCACAUUGACAGUGAACACUCGUCCAUCUCCAAAACCUUGGCAACCACCACAGAAUACCCCACAAAACCGAUCCCCUCCUGCCCCACCACAGCGAAUGCACUCUUUUACUACUGGUCAAAGAGCUUCAUCACCCAUCAACCCAAUGGCCACUGUCCUAAACCCAUCAUCCCAGGGUUCAGCAUUUGAGAUGCCAGCUGUUAGAGGAAAAGGAGCUGAUAUGUUUGCAAAGAGGCAGUCCCGUAUGGAGAAGUACAUCGUGGACUCUGAGACUGUGGAAGCAAACAAGGCAAGCAGGUCAACAUCACCAGCAGCUUCCUUACCGAACGAGUGGAAAUAUACUCCCAACGUACGUGCUCCACCUCCACGUGCAUAUAAUCCUAUUCAGUCACCUUUUUAUCCCCCAGCAGCAGCAAAGCAGCCCCCUUCAACUAGCCCUUCAACCAAAGCAAAGAAAAAAGAGAAAGAGAAACAGCUACCCGCCCCUAAACCUCUCAAUGUAAUAGAUGUCAUGAAACAUCAACCCUAUCAACUAAAUUCCUCACUCUUUAUCUAUGGCCCAGCAGCAGAGGCUGCCAAGUCUUCUGUAUCUAAGACCAGUUGUUCACCUCCUAAUCCACCUGAUGAUAACCACCCAAUCAGAUAUGAGCAAAUGCCCCCGGUCCAGCCAGCUGGACCAUUUGGUGCCCCAUACCCCCAACAACCCUAUGGGAUGUCAAUGCAGCCUGUGAUGCAUGAUAGCCAGUAUCAGCAGAUUCAAGCAAAUGUUUAUCCUCCCUCCAAUCCUUAUCAGCAAUCUCCUGGUUGUCAAUACCAGCAAGUGUAUAACCAACAGUAUCAACAACCUGCUCCACCUGCUUAUCUUCCCCAAGCCCCUCAGCCUCCAAAUUCUCCCUACCAGCACUCAGUGCAAGCUGGUUACCAGCCAGCCAGUAGCCCUCCCUAUCUGGCAACUCCCUCAGUGCCCUACCAGCCACAGCUUCCCAGUAGCUAUAUUGCUCCCAGUUUCCCUGUGGCUGCUAGGCCUGAAUCUGCAUCUGGUGGUAACACUGGAGUGGCUCCUAAGCCUAGGUUUACAGCUAAUAAGAGCUCAGCUCAGGUGUGGAAGCCUACAGCAGUUGAUAAAGAGUGAUUCUUGUAGAAUCAUGACUUAUUGGAAGUCUGCUUGAAUCAAAGGGUUUGUGCUCUGCCAAAUGGACUAUUUUCACUACCGCCUCUUUUUCUUGUCACAGGGCAGAACCUAGUAGUUGUGAGAGCUAAUGAAAAAGGAAUAUCUAUCAAGUUAAGAAUAUCACAAAGUUGUCACAAUACUUGUAAACAUUUUUAUAAAAAAUUUUGCAAAAAUAAUUGACACAAAUUAAUUACAUUUUAUGUAAAAGAAUUGAGUGGUCGUGUAUAAGAGUGUAGGGGAGCAUAAUGCUCAAUGUGAAGUGAAAGAAAAGGGUGAGAGGAAAAAGAUUCAGUGGAUCUGAAAGUAAAGACAAGAAGCUGAUUUUUUUUUUUAAAGAAGAACAUGAUAAAUGUUCCUAAUAUUACAAAUAAUAAAUGAAAAAAAGAAUUAAAAAAAAAAUAAUGUUUCUAAAUCACUAAUAAAAAUAAAGAUAAAAAUAUAUGGGUAAGUGAGAAGGAUGGGGCCUGUAGCAUGUAAUGAUACCAAGCGGAAGGCUUAAUUUGUCAUGUCAGCUGUUGAGUACGGAGAUUAUGUAACUGUGGAGUUUAAGGCCAUUCUAGGCCAAAUUACGCAGCAGAUAAACUUGCUUAAACAUGAAGUGUUUGAUUCUUUUUUCUUUUCCAGUACAUUUACCGGUUCCUUUUCCGUAGGUCCUUCUUAAGUGUUGGAUUUAUUUAAAGCGUUCUACCAGCUGUUUCAUCAUGUUAGAUACUAUAUUUAAACUCCCUCAUGAGAGGAGGUUCUGAGGUCCAGAGAGUAGGCUUAAAUUUCAACUUAAGCCAGUGAAAGCUACUAUCUUAGACUGUCAUAGUAUUUUUCCUGAUAAGAGCCAGUUAUAUAAUGUCACUCACUCACUCUCUCAUAGAUUUACCCAUUAUGCAUCUGCCCCUUGUUUUGAUAUAUGAACAGAUAAUAAAUUAUAUACAACAAAGAAUUAUUGGAAGGAUAAGCAGCCUGGUAAUGCACAUGAAUUUGUUUUUGGUACAGGGCCACUCUUUGGUUCUUUGUGUUCUUUUCUUUGUCUCUGUGUGUUUCUCUUCAUAGUGCACUCUCUGUAUGAUUCACUGCAGUGCCAUUAAAAUGUCUUUUAUCUUUCUGUGGUUUUCCUUUCUUUUGUCCUCUGAGCAUGCUUUUAGGGUUUCCUCUAUUUCUAGUCUAUUUCCUUUUAUCUUGCUUAAAUUUCACCACUUCUAC